AUGAUACGGAGGCGUUUGUGGCGGAACAUCCGCAGGCCAUGCCCGCAGGCACCCAUUCGGACAACAGCACAAGAAACGUGCAGCUACUCCAAGGGCAACUGCGGCGGAGCUGACGGCGGAAACGACACUGCGAACUGGAGUUACCCGUUCAACCGGCUCUUCAAGCCGCUCGGCGCGCGCUCGUUCUCGCUCGGCACCGACGGCGUCGGCACGUUUCUCGCCAGCCCUAGUUUCUUCGCGACAGCGCACGACUGGGCGCGGCUCGGAAAGUUGUAUCUGCAGGACGGGGUGUGGAACGGCACCAGGAUUCUGCCACCUGGCUGUGUGAACUACACACGGACGUCCAGCGAAGCGUCCGCGGACUUUGACUGCGGUCCGGCGUCGCGGGCCAUCGGGAACUGCGGCCCGUACGGCGCGCUCUGGUGGUUGCGCCCGUUCCGAAACGUGGCGAGCGAUAGGCUUUGAAGGGCAGUAUAUCGUAUUGAUACCGUCGCAAGAUUUGGUGAUCGUGGCGCUCGGCUGGGCGGUGGAUGAUUUGAUGGAGGAUCGGUAUGCGGGGGCGCUGGUUCACAACGUCAGCGCGGCAAUAGCCGUGUCGGCUGCCCGAGGAGUAUAAGCUUCGACUCACUUGUACAUAGCACGCGUUCAUUUGGCUCGUUCAGAAAACUCCCGCUCUUGCAACUUCCAGGCUAGGAGGUCUUGAAAGAUGGCUGCCUUCGGGACCUUGUUAAUCUUGAUCAUCCACCUUUAGGCAAGCUAGUCGUCUACAAAGCAAUUUGGCAGUUGCAGGAACGUCCCGGCUUGAUAGAUUGUUGGGAGACCUCAGUUUGCAGCAAAGGCAGACCUUCAAAAACAGCAGUUGUUGCCCCUUGGCGUUAGCGGCCGUUUGUUCACCAUUGUGAGGUGGCAUGCAGUCCCGUCAGCGGGGUGCGUCCGAGUAAAUAGGCUAGAGGCGAACCAGUGCGUGAAGGACCGUCCUAUCGGAAAAGACGUUUCGACGAGCAAAGCCACUGAAGGCGCUCUGAGACCCUCCUUGAGUCCUGAUCAUUGCGCAUGCCCGUGGCUGCUACGCAAUAGGCGGAUGCAUACUCGGUGCAUCCACGAUGUGUCCCCGCAAAAUCAAGUAAGGGA